AUGACGUUUGCUUCUCCAAAGAAGGCUCUAGACGCCAAGUCCCGCACGCCCUCACAGCUGAAACUCCUGAACAAUAAUUUUAAAGGACAAAAGAUCCGUGAGGCAAUAACCUACCUGCGCUUGCCAGCGUUGCUUAGCCUUAGGCAGCAACAAGUUUUAUCUGACACCAUUGAGGUCUGGAGACACGUGUCCCGCUGCCGUCAUGUGACAGUGACAGAUCUCGGUGCUACCGAGCGCCCCUCUGCCGUGGAGGCGUCGGGAGAGGCGGCCCCGCGGUGCUGCGGCCUGCGAGGGCCGGCCUGGGCGAGCGGAGAGCGGCCUGGGCGAGCAGAGAGUCCUGCCCCGGCGGCGGCCAACGCUUCAGCACCGAACCCAACGUGCCAGAAAGAGCCCUGCUGGGAUCAAAAUACCAAGAUCGUGUUGCAAUUGGCUAACAUUGAUUUCUUUUUCAGUGGACUGAUUGGUCGCAGCUGGGCUAUGAUGUUUGCUGCUGCAGGCUUUGAAGUGAAACUUUAUGAUAUUGUGCAACAGCAGAUAACAGGCGCACUGGAAAACAUUCGCAAACAAAUGAAGGAGCUGGAGGAGUCGGGAUUCCUGAAAGGAGCUCUGAGUGCGGAGCAGCAGCUGGCUCUCAUUAGCGGCUGCACAGACCUGAAGGCAGCAGUAGAGGGUGCUACUUUCAUUCAGGAAUGCACUCCGGAGAACCUAGACCUGAAAAAGAAGAUUUUUGGUCAGUUAGAUCUUAUUGUUGAUGACAACGUUAUCCUGAGCAGCUCAACCUCCUGUCUCUUGCCUACCAAGUUGUUCACUGGCCUUAAGCACGUUAAGCAAUGUAUUGUGGCACAUCCUGUAAAUCCACCUUAUUUUGUGCCAUUGGUUGAAAUUGUUCCACAUCCAGAAACAGAUCCUUCAACUAUAGAGAGAACAUAUGCCCUGAUGAAGAAGAUGGGUCAGUCUCCUGUCAAAUUAAACAAGGAGAUUGAGGGGUUCGUCCUGAAUCGGCUGCAGUAUGCAGUGAUAAGUGAAGCCUGGAGACUUGUGGGUGAGGGAGUAGUAUCUCCUACUGAUCUAGACCUUGUGAUGUCUGAUGGAUUGGGAAUGAGAUACGCAUUUAUUGGACCUCUGGAAACCAUGCAUCUUAAUGCAGAAGGCAUUUCAAAUUACUGUGAAAGAUACCGUGAAGGUAUGAAACUUGUUCUGAACACGUUUGGACCAGUACCGGAGUAUUCAGGUGAAGUUGAGAAGAAAGUCCAUCAGGCAAUGUCAGAAAAAAUUCCAGUGGUUCCAAAACACCUGGAUAGCAGGAGAGAAUGGAGAGAUGAAUGUCUUGCUCGUCUUGCCAAAUUGAAAAUACAGAUGAAAUCUGAUUGAGGUGCACCCUGUCUAACAGGAAAGACCAAACGAAGAACAAGCCUUCAUAAGCAGCAGGGAUUUUUGGUGAGGCAGAAGAGGUGCAGGCGAUGAUAAGCACAAAUGUAGAGACCAAUGAAACAUUUGGUCCAAAUUUGUCAUGAUGUAAUUCAUGAAUAACUGGAAAAAUUAUAAAAAAGUUCAGCUAAAACUUUAUCAAAUUAUUAUAUAUGUGCAUUAUAUAUGUGAGCAUUUAGUAGCUUUAGCUAUAUUAAUAAUGUGCAAUACUGGAACUCAAUCAGGUUUUAAAUAAGGUGUUUUUAAACUUGUUUAGAAAUUCAGAGCUUGAACAAUAUUUGCUUAUGCAGGGAUCUGAUAGGCAAACAUCAGCUGUUUGUCACUGGAG